AGCUAGGCGAGCCCCAGGCAUCUCCAGCUGGCGUUAUGUCCCGCAGUCCUUACCCGUUCACCGCCAACAACUCUUCCAAUCAAGGCCCGACACCCGCUGGCUAUGUACAGAAGCCAAACCAGUACCCCUCCGCCAAUUUCUCCACGGCGUCCCUUGGGGCCAGGCCCUACGGCAACGCGAGCCAGACUCCCUCCACAACCAAUCUUCUACCCCCUGGUGCCCAGGCUGGCGCACAGCGAGGCGUGCAGGCCACAUUUGCAAGUGAACCCCCGCAGUUACGGAACAUGAAGAGCAACAGCUCUCUGAAUGACACUCCUUACACUGUCACCAAGGAAGGCAAGACCGCGUCUAUUGCCCCCUCCUUAUCAGACAAGUUCUCCCUCUCUGCGGAUCCUGUGCAGUGGGGCGCGAGCCUUUCUAUGAGCCAGCCGGAGCCUGACGACUACCUGCACAACCCUGACCCCCGUCGGGACCGCAAGAGCGAUCAGGGUGGUACUGUCUUCACUUACCGAGGCUUCACGAACUUGGGCUGCCUGCUCAUCCUGAUUGUUGGUUUGGUCACUCUUUUUGCUGGAUACCCCUUGAUUACGUACUUCACGAAACAUCCUCUUUCUACAUUCGGUGGAUUUAACUUCGGUGGGACCAACGCAUCUGGACAGGUGCCCUCAAUGCCCGGGAAUUGGGGUCUCAUUGACCUCGAUACACCGAAGGAAGUAUACACCAAGCCAGGCUUCACCGAUCAAUCUACUUUUCAGCUCGUCUUCAGCGACGAGUUCAACACGGACGGGCGAACGUUCUACCCAGGCGAUGAUCCGUACUGGGAGGCGGUCGACCUUCAUUACUGGCAGACAAACAACAUGGAGUGGUAUGAUCCGGCGUCCAUCACUACGAAGGACGGUUAUUUGCACAUCACCUUGUCGCAGAAGGAGACCCAUGGACUAGAUUAUCAGGGCGGAAUGAUGACCACCUGGAACAAAUUUUGCUUCACCGGAGGCCUCAUAGAAACUGCUGUUUCGUUACCAGGGGCCAACAAUAUCGUCGGUCUUUGGCCGGCAGUUUGGGCGAUGGGAAACCUGGGUCGCGCGGGCUACGGGGCUAGUUUGGAGGGCAUGUGGCCGUACACAUAUGACGCUUGCGAUGUCGGCACCCUUCCCAACCAAACUCAGAACGGCCUUCCCCUAGCAGCCACUGUGAAUGGCGACAAGAGCGAAAACGGUGUCUUGUCUUUCCUUCCUGGCCAGAAGUUGUCUCGGUGCACCUGUCAAGGCGAAUCCCACCCUGGUCCUGUUCAUUCCGAUGGCACAUACGUCGGUAGAUCGGCGCCCGAAAUUGAUAUCUUCGAGGCACAGAUAACAGGAGAUCCGCGGACGGGACAAGUCUCGCAGUCAGGACAAUGGGCGCCCUUCAACGCUGGGUACAUAUGGUUCAACACAAGUGACAAUUUGAUUAUUCCCAAUGCGUCGAGUUCCGAGCUGAACAGCUACAUCGGAGGCGUGUUUCAACAGGCCACUUCCGUCGUCACUGCGACCGACCAAGGCUGUUACGAGUUGGAACAGGACUGUUUCUCGGUCUAUGGCUUCGAGUAUAAACCCGGAUUUGACGGCGCUUACAUUUCCUGGAUCGCCGAUAACAAAGUGUCCUGGACGCUCAUGCAGGGUGGUAUGGCGGCGGAUACCGCAGUGGAGAUCAGUGCGCGACCUGUGCCGCAGGAGCCUAUGUACAUCAUUGCCAACUUGGGGAUGUCGACUAACUUCGGCACCGUUGACUUGGCUCACCUGACGUUCCCGACCACCAUGAAGAUUGAUUACAUACGCGUGUACCAGCCGCAAGGAAGUACUAACAUUGGUUGCGACCCUCCGGAUUUCCCGACUGCGGCAUACAUCGAACAGUACAUCGAGGCGUACACAAACCCCAACUUAACUACCUGGAGGGACGAUUUCGGGCAGCCAUUCCCCAAGAACCGUCUUAUUGAUCAGUGCUGAAGAACGUGCCUCCUUCGAAAGAUCAAUCACGCUCAUUUGUUCGUAUUGGACGGUCUGUGACUGCUAUUUUAUUACCUGUUAUUUGUUCAUAGCAUCCAUUCUAUGAUGUUGUUGUGCAGCUUGCCGCCUUAUCUUUACCUUGUCAUGGCUUUGUAUUCCCGCUUCUCCGAUAGGAUGUCGCGAUUGUGGAUGCAAUAGAAUCGUCG